GCCAAGCACCUUGGUUGGACUGCAAAUAGCAACAGACUGUAUACUUCUAUUUUGCAUACUUUUAUUUUGCAUGUCGGUUAGAGUCAAAGUAAGUGAACACAUCUCAGUGAGCUGUUGUGUGCGAACCAUCCCUCAUGUUUGGCAUCAGCGGAGGGUUCUCAGGAUGUACACUGACUGGUAACAGUGAGUGAAGGGCUGACAUGGCUCGUCUGCCCUUUUUAUGUGCACAUGAUCUGGCUCCUCUUAGCUGCCCAGGUGACGGUGACCCAGCUGAACCUGGUGUCCCACAGCGUGGUGGCUGCUCCCUACCAGUGGGAGUACCCCUACCUGCUCAGUAUCAUCCCCUCCCUCUUCAGCUUCAUGGCCCUGCCCAAAAACAACAUCAGCUACCUGGUGAUCUCCAUGACCAGUGCUGGGUUCUUCUGCAUAGCGCCGCUCAUCUACGGGGGUGUGGAGAUGUUCCCGGUUGUGAAUCCAAUGUUUUUAGAUUUGUGGGUGAAGUAGUGAAGGACUGUACACUUCAGGAGGAAGGAGAUAUUACUGGGACCUCCCCAUGACUAGGUCAGGGCAUGAUGUGGCCUUAAUGAGAGGAGCCUUCCUGAACUGUAAAGGAACAGGGAAAGGGUUCAGAGAAGGGAAGAGCAGUGGUCAGAUUGAGCCCAUAUGGUUGUGUGCUGGUGUCAAUGCACAUGUUCAUGUUGACAGUACUCAACAAUUCAAUUGUUUCUAAAUGACAUGUACAUUGUUAAAUAACAAUAAAAUGGGUAUGCUGCGGCAGC